CUAGCUGCCGGGAGAGAGAGAUCACAGCUGGGGCAAGAGAAUCUGAUAAUGGCGCUGUCUUCCUGAAUUGCUACUCCGCUAAGUCGGAGAGAGUGAAAACGGAGACACUGGAACCCAUGAAAGCUCAACUAUUGAUUCAGAUCUUCUCAUGCUUCGUAUUAGCCUCUGUUUGUUUUCUACAAACAACGCUCGCCGAUGGCGUAACCCCUGAGGAAGCGAAAGAACUUCGAGAUGAGGUUCGUGGGAUGUUUUAUCAUGCUUUUAAUGGAUAUAUGGAGCAUGCUUUUCCACUUGAUGAAUUAAGACCUCUUUCAUGUGGGGGAGAAGAUUCCCUUGGUGGUUAUGCCUUAACUUUGAUUGACUCGUUAGACAUGUUGGCUUUACUUGGUGACCAUGAACGCUUCACAAGUUCCAUUGAAUGGAUUGGUAAAAAUCUUCGGUUUGAUAUAAAUAAAACAGUUUCUGUUUUUGAAACCACUAUUCGGGUGCUUGGAGGCUUACUUUCUGCUCAUCUAAUUGCCAGUGAUUAUGCUACGGGUAUGAGAGUUCCAUCAUAUGACAAUCAGUUACUGAACUUGGCUGAAGAUCUUGGCAGGAGGUUGUUACCUGCAUUUGACACUCCCACAGGAAUUCCAUUUGGUUCAGUAAAUUUGUUACAUGGAGUUGAUAAACAUGAAAGCAAGAUAACUUCAACAGCUGGAGGUGGGACAUUGACUCUUGAAUUUGGAGUUCUGAGCCGUUUGACAAAUGAUCCCAUUUUUGAACAAGUGACUAAGAAUGCAGUGCGCGGACUUUGGGCCCAACGUUCAAGGCUUAAUCUAGUUGGUGCUCAUAUUAAUGUUUUUACUGGUGAAUGGACCCAGAAGGAUGCUGGGAUAGGAACUAGUAUUGAUUCUUUCUAUGAGUACCUGUUAAAGGCUUAUUUAUUAUUUGGAGAUGAGGAGUACUUGUAUAUAUUUCAAGAAGCUUAUGCUGCUGCCAUGCAUUAUCUUUACAAUGACCCUUGGUAUGUAGAAGUGAACAUGGAUUCUGCUGCUAUUGUCUGGCCAUUAUUUAAUAGUUUGCAGGCAUUCUGGCCUGGUCUCCAGGUUUUAGCUGGAGACAUUGAUCCUGCAAUUCGUACCCAUGCUGCCUUCUUUAGUGUAUGGAGAAGAUAUGGUUUUACACCAGAGGGUUUUAAUCUUGCUACCCUCAGUGUUCAGCAUGGGCAGAAAAGCUACCCUCUGCGGCCAGAAUUAAUAGAGAGCACAUAUUGGUUGUACAAAGCUACCAGAGAUCCUAGAUAUCUUGAUGUUGGACGGGACAUAGUUGCUAGUUUACAGUAUGGUGCCCGAUGCACUUGUGGAUAUUGUCACAUUUCAGAUGUUGAAUCUCACAAUCAGGAAGAUCACAUGGAGAGCUUCUUCCUCGCUGAGACGGUCAAGUAUCUGUGGCUUCUAUUUGAUUUGGCUGUGGGUCCUGAUAACAUUGUGGAAAACGGGCCAUACAAGUACAUCUUCAGCACUGAAGGCCAUUUACUGCCAGCUACUCCUCAAAUCUCUCUUGUAAAGGAACAUUGUCUGUAUUAUGGGUCUUAUUGUAGAAUGAAUGAUGUAAGACAAGGAUCUUUUAGCUCAGAGGUUGAAAAUGAUCUACAAGAAUCCAAUGACAGUAAAAUCCAUGGAAGCGAGACUCAUGCUGAGCAUAUGUCAGAUUAUAAUACUUUUGAAUCAACUUCUAUUUCAGGUUUGAUCAAGGGUUUUUGCCCAGGAUUAACCCAUGGUCAGAAGUUUGGUAUAUCAUAUGUGCAUCCACCUGAUCAGCCUCGUGAUUAUGAGACUGUCCAACAGAAAGAACCAGCAGUUGUACAAAGCCAGGCAGUUUUGGUUAUCCCAAGCCAAAGUGCCGACCAUUUGCCACCCGACCAUAAUAGUUACAAAGAUGAUAAUCAGACUCAUGAAUCAGAUGUAUCUAAUGAACAGAAUGAUAAUCAGACUCAUGAAUCAGAUAUAUCUACCUGAAGUGUGAAGAGGUGGACUUAUGGUGCUGGUAGAACUCAACAUGAUAGACCUCAUGCGGCGUGAAAGAUCAUAUGAUCUGUGAGCGAAAGCAAGAGGAUCGUCAUGGCUGAUGAAGAAUAUUUGUGGCUUUGGGAUUACCUGAAACAUAUCUCUCAUUUUCAUUAGUUUGUUCAUAAGCCAAAAGUAUAGUUUUCAUCAUUCUGGCAAUUUUUGAUACUGUGGGCAUGAAGCUACCGGCCUGAACUAUGGGUGAAGGGUCUGUUAGAUGCGCCUUCUCAGACUGCUGCCAGAGGCUUGAGACAUAAUUUUUGCCUUAUGAGGCUCUGGGCUCGUCUAACAGAAUGUAAUUUUAAAAUUUUCUUCUGUUGUGUCAUCAUUUCCAAUACAUUUCUGUAACCUGUUGUAGAAAUCUCAUUUGUCUACAGAUUAUAGGCAACAGUUACGUCUGAAUGUAGACCACAGUUUCAAGUGCUAGAGUAAGGAGCCACUCUCUCAUUUGCCCAUUUUGUUAACUUGUAUAAGUCCAAGACAUGGAAAAUGUAGUUGUCCCUCAUUAAUUGUGGCUACCCUUGGCUUGCCCCCUUCAAAAAUUUGUUGAGUUUGACCCAACUGCUCGGUUUGAGAGAGACUUGGUUUCUUUUAUAUUGGAAGUUAGAAACUUUUGUGGCUGAA